CUUGACUGCUUUGUAAAUAAUUAAAUUUAAAAUUGGUAUAAAAACUUGACAACUAAGUUAAAAUGGGAACUAAAGUAGCUGCUUCUAAAAAGAAUAACAAAAAACUUAAUAAGAAAAAGAAAGGUAAAGUUAUGAAAACCGAACGUAAAAAAAUAUCGAGUGCCUCUCAAUCUAAUGAAGAAAAUCAAAAUGUUUCGGCAGGCGAAGAUGCGGAAAGUGAUGCUAGUUCCGUUGAAAUGAGUGAUUGUGAAGAAUAUGAAAAGAACCCAAGGCUUUUGAAAACAAUCAAAUUGCGGAAUUUGUUACCUGUCAAAAGUAAGAAAGGAUUACUUUACAGAUCUGAAGUCGUUAAAGACCAGCAAUUCGAUGCUGAAUCCUCGAUUCAAGAUGUCAAUGCUGAAAAUUCUACCAGUGUGCGUCAACAGUCUUUAGUCCAACGUUUUGUCACUCAACGCAAAAAGUUAGAUGCUUUGAAGCAAAAGAUAGCAUUGCUGUGCACAUCCAUUAUUGAAGAUCCUCAGAGCAAUAUCAUCGCACUUAAAGAACUCAUAACAUCGCUGCAAAAUCCUACUACUGAUAUGAUUGUCAGUGAGAAAAGAAUUUUAUGUUUUUCUCUGGUGAAUGUUUUUGUUGAUAUACUCCCAGGAUACAAAAUAAGACCUCCCGGUGAGUCUGAUAAUAAAGUUCAGUUGAAGAAAGAAACAAAGAAAUUGGUCGCUUUCGAAACUAAUCUCCUAAAAUAUUAUAAAAAAUACCUCGAUCAUCUGAAUGAUUUAAUCAGAGACAUGAAAUUGAAAACAAAUUUAGAAGGUGCUUCUCAAGUGAAGAUAAAAGCAGUGAAAGAAAUAGGAUUUGUAGCUGUGAAAUGCAUGUGCGAAUUGCUAUAUUCUAAUUUCAAUUUUAAUUUCUUUAAGAAUAUUUGUAAUAAGCUUGUGCCUCUAGUUCUUGAAGAUGACGAUGAACUAGUCAAUAUGGUAUGCUUGUCGUUUGAAAAAAUGUUCAAAGCUGAUACUCGUGGCGAAGCGGCGUUCGAAUUGGUGAACCAAAUCGUGCAUUUCAUCAAGGCGAGAAAAUUUGUUGUACCGCCAGCUUUGUUACGAUCAUUUCAGAGCUUAAAUCUGAGAGAAGCGAGAGUAAAUGUGGAGAAAGUGGACAUGACGAAAGGCCGCCAGGAAUGGCGCAUGAUGUCCCGAACAGAACGGCGCAACAAGAAAAAAUUAAAAGAUUUAGAAGCUGAAUUGAAAGAAGCUGAAGCUCACGAAAGUGUUGAAAAUGUCAAAAAAUAUCACACUCAAACCCUUAAUAAAGUAUUUUGGGUAUUUUUUCAUAUUUUGAAAGAUGCUGAUAAGAUAACGCUUAUUGCACCAGCUUUGGAGGGUUUAUCAAGGUUUGCAUAUUUGAUUAACUUGGAGUUCUUUGAUGAUCUUAACACCGUUUUGUGCAGUUUAAUGGAAAGUGGAAAGCUUAGUGAUAUUGACAAGCUUCAUAGCGUCUAUACACUGUUUACUAUUUUGGCUGGUCAAGCAGAAUCACUUCAUAUAGAUCCACAUAAAAUUUACUGUCAUAUGUAUCAAGGGUUAUUAAAUCUUAAUCAUUAUACCAAUGUUGCACAUUAUGACUUGGUUCUUAAAUGUUUAGAAUUCAACAUCUUGAGAAAGCGGAAGAAAAUAUCAUCAAGUAGAGUGUUGGCUUUUACGAAAAGAAUUUCAACUGUUAGUUUGCAUACACCAUUCCAUGCUUCUUUAGGUCUUCUGAGUGCAGUGCGGAACAUUCUGUUGAAUGUUAAAAGCAGUGAUAUUCUUUUAGAUUCGGAAAGUUUAUUCGGGAACGGUAUAUAUCUGCCCGAGAUGGAAGACCCAGAACAUUGUAAUGCCACGUCCACAAGAUUGUGGGAAUUUCAUAUCUUGAAGAAACAUUUCAAUCCUGUGGUUAGGUUGUAUUCACAGUAUCUGUUGCAUGGUUGUCCCACUCAGGGCAGACUUGCUCUUCCAGAAAAACUUCUGAAAGCAACUCCAGAGGAAACGCUAAACAUGUUUGCCGAUAUUGUUGAAAAAAAUAAAUUUGACUUUUUGGAAGAUGCUGACGAACCUCCGAAGAAAAAAUUCAAAUUUGAUGAUUUGGGUAGUUUUUCUUAUGAACAGAAUAUAAGCUUAGACAUUUCUAAAAAAGAGGUUAAAAAUGUAAAUUUUAGGCAUUGUUUGUCUGUUUGAAAUAUCUGAAAUUA